GAACCAGAUUUGGAACUCACUGACCUCUCCCCUCACCUUGCUGUCCCUCACCAGCCAGCCUCGUGUCAAGUGAUCAAGCUGUCAACCAGCUUCUCUAGGAUAAGGUUUCAGGUCAGCUGGGGUGUAUAAAGACCAGUGCCAAGCAGGAGGCAGCAGAGACAACAGUGAAUAGCAAAGAGGAGCCAUCAGAUCCCUGCUGCCACCUCCUGGGUUGGAGCUCUAAGGAGCCCCUAUGCUGCCCCUACCCUGGCUGGACUCACAGCCUCCUCCUUGCAGUAAAGCUCAGGGGUGCAGGGCAGCCUCUCUCCUUGGACUUCCGCUGGGCCCCAAAGAGACCCAGCAGAGCCUUCAGGACCAUGGUUGGACUGAAGCCUUCAGAAGUGCCACCCACAACAGCUGUGAAAUUCCUGGGGGCAGGCACAGCAGCCUGUUUUGCCGACCUCCUCACCUUUCCGCUGGACACAGCCAAGGUCCGCCUGCAGAUCCAGGGGGAGAGCCAGACGGCACAGGCGCCCCGCAGCGUGCAGUACCGCGGCGUGCUGGGCACCAUCCUGACCAUGGUGCGCACCGAGGGCCCCUGCAGCCCCUACAAUGGGCUGGUCGCCGGCCUACACCGACAGAUGAGCUUUGCCUCCAUCCGCAUUGGCCUCUACGACUCCGUCAAGCAGUUCUACACCCCCAAAGGAGCAGACCACUCCAGCAUUGCUACCCGAAUUUUGGCUGGCUGCACCACGGGGGCCAUGGCGGUCACCUGUGCCCAGCCCACGGAUGUGGUGAAGGUCCGAUUUCAGGCCAGCGUGCAGCUGGGGCCCAGGAGUGAGAGGAAAUACAGCGGGACUAUGGAUGCCUACAGAACCAUCGCCAGGGAGGAAGGCAUCAGGGGCCUGUGGAAAGGAACUUUGCCCAACAUCACGAGGAAUGCCAUUGUCAACUGUGCUGAGAUGGUGACCUACGACAUCGUCAAGGAGCAGCUGCUGGACUAUCACCUACUCACUGACAACUUCCCUUGCCACUUUGUUUCUGCCUUUGGAGCUGGCUUCUGUGCCACAGUGGUGGCCUCCCCAGUGGAUGUGGUGAAGACUAGGUACAUGAACUCACCCCCAGGCCAGUACCACAGCCCCCUGGACUGUAUGAUAAGGAUGGUGGCCCAGGAGGGCCUCACAGCCUUCUACAAGGGAUUUACACCCUCCUUUUUGCGUUUGGGAGGCUGGAAUGUGAUGAUGUUUGUAACCUAUGAGCAGAUGAAACGGGCCUUGAUGAACGUCCAGAUGUUACGGGAAUCUCCAUUUUGAACAAGACUGGAUGGCUACUUGAUACUCAGCUUGUACAAAACCAGUUAAGAAUGGAAUAAAACAGUGGGUCCAUGCACACAUGGACACAGACCCACACAUGUUUACGGAACUGUUUACUUGCUGCUGAUUCAAGAAA